AUGGAGUGGGUACUAUGGCAAAACUCCAUGGAAAUGAAAUUCCUUGUUGCCGGCGUUAAUUCCAAUCUUCUGAUUCCUCACAUGAGGUUCAACAAAAGGCGAGCGGCCGAAUGGGGUUAGAACGCAAAGGAAUGGUAAUAGUUUGAUGUGCAGGUUUACAAUCGCAUAUCCAUCCAAAAUAUAAUGGCGCGAGGAACCCGGCGAACAAACACGACAACGACAGGAAUAUUCAACGAAGGCAUGCGACAUUUACAUUAUAAUUGUCCCGGCAAACGAGGAAAUUGAAGAGUUCGGGAAUCUGCGCGUACUGUAUGAGGUUGUGAUAGCGGCUGCCAGCUGGCCUUGGACAGUUCUCGAGAAGGAAAAUAUCGAAAAAGAUGGAAGAUUCAAAUCUCGAAAGUGCUUCAUAACACAUAGUUUUCAAGUUAAGUUUCUUAAAAUCAGGAUGUUAAAAUCUCAAACCCUUUUUUCAUACUUUAUAAUUCUAAACUCUGAUUUAAAUUUUAAAAAAAAAUCUAAACCUCUUGUUGAAGGAACAACGAUCUCCUCUUCAUUUGCGCUCUUGUUUCCAGCAUCCUCAAAUUGAUAAAAUAUAAAAAAAUUUGCAAAUUUUCGAAAGAAUCACGAGCGCAAUAAUAAAAAAACGAAAUGACACUAAAUGACCUUUUCAGUGUUUUACAGGUCAUGUAAGACUUAUUCGCCUUUCAUCAGCUAUGAAGGGGUUUCAAAAAAAUCAAAAGAAAAUUUUACGAAAAAAAAUACCAAAAUCGAAAAUUUUUUAAUUAAAAGUUUUUGAAGCUAUUUUUGCGCGUAAAUUUCGGCGUCAAGUUUUUUUUUUUUGCACUGCGUAGAAAACAGUCGACUUUACGAUAUUGUUUCCUUUUUUUAAAGUUUAAUCAAUCAAUUUAGUUUUAACCUCUUCUUUCUCUUAUCCGUUUUGAUCGAAAACUUCCAUUCGGAUCGAUUACGAUUAAUCAAAAAGCUUUGAAAAAUUGACAGUUGUGUUUGAUUCAUUUCUUGCUUUGACAAAGUGUUCGACAGAGACGGUUCAAACCCCUUCUUUUCGCACACCGCUUUUUAUACUCGAUUAAUGAAUUACAUUUAUACUUCUCAAACUAGCUAAAAAUUGAUUAGAGCUUGAAUAUUUAUUGUUAUCUGUAGGCUCGAUAGGCUCGAUAGGCAACUCUAAAGUGUUAAUGCGAUUAAAAAUGAGGAGAAUAAGUAUUAGGCGAAAACUGCCUUCGCUCGUUUAUCUACGUAAAAUUUUGAAUCGGAGUUAUCGUCAAGAAAGAUUUCAUGCUAUCUGUUCAGGAAAGUUUUCGUCAAUUGCGCAACCUUCUGCCAGCCGCCUGUUGCGCCACGUUCCUCGUUCCCAAACAUGGAAAAAACAGACGAGGUGUGAGUGUUCCGCCUAGAUCUCUGCCUGUUUGAACUUGCUCAGAACAAUCGGCCUAGAACAAAGGAUCCUUUUUCGUUGAGGACGAAACUUUUUCGACCAGAUAACAGGGAAUAUUACUGUAUGACCACGUUUCCAACGAAGGUUUUUUUUCCUAGAAAUUAUUUUUAGAUUUUUGAGGAAUUUGAAAUAAUGAAAACAGAAAGGAGUUGAGAAAAGUUCAAAUAGAGAAAAUUCAGCUGCCCAACUACAAGAAUGGAGGUACAUUUUUAGUAGAUUCUUUACUGAAUAAUUGGUAAAGUUUAUGUAACUUCUUCUUGAAUCUAAAGUCCUCUCCGAUUCAAUUCGCUACUAGCUUUUUUUCACGCUGCUGGUGUGGUAUUUCAUUUGAAGAGUCUUUUAAAAAUAAUUUCGAGCCAGCUGAGAAUCGAAUAUAACCGCUUAGCUAGCUGUAAUAAAAUGUUUUUCAGCAAAAGUUUAAAAGAACUGAGUAAAUGACCUCGAAGCCUAAUCCCUCUAGGGAGGAUAUCAUAAAAGGUGUUAGGUCGGUCGUCCCACAAGGAUGUUAUCCAACAGGCGGCGCCGAAGCACAAAAGAACGUGAUGAUACGGACGAUGAUCGAUCCUUACAAGAGGAUCGACCUGUGA